GUGGCCUUCAGAGGCAAGCACUUCAUUGGGACGGAGGAAACCUUGCAGCUGAGUCACCUAACGCCUCCACAUAAGAAAAUGGAAUUAACAACCUCAACAAGUUAAUAGAAACAAGGUUAGCCAGAGAGAGUUUGAGAAGCUUCUUUUCUAAUGCAUUUAAAGUGAGGAUUAGAAGCUGCCUUCGGUGUCAGUUGCUAUAAACAUGGGGGAAGCAUUACACAUUUCUAAUCAGGCCAGGUAAACGGAGUGUGAGGAGAGGGUGUUUUCAAAUGCAGAUUUUGAAAACAAAUUGUGGAAUUAAAGAAGUGUGGGGUUAAGGGCUUUCAUUCCUUACCUCUCAGCUUGAGCAUUUUGCCUCCUAAUUGCAUGCCUGAAAUGUACUUUCAUUUUGAAUUCUAUUGCUAAAUUGGGAUUCUUUUCAAAGGCACCUGUUGAAUGAAAAAAAAAAACCCAAAAAAACAAAGAGUAGAAAUAGUUGAAGGUUGCUGAAAAGAGGGGAAGCCAUGAGUUGCCAGGGUGGUGCACUUGAAGGGAACAAGAGGUCACAGCCUGGGCCAACCAGCCUGCAGGAAACAGAAGUUGCAAGACCCGAGGAAGCCCACUGCCCAGCCCUGCUGGAGAACCAACUCAGUGUGAGUGACUUUGUCAAAAUACAGAGGGCCUUUGAGCCCCGUGAGCCAAGUCAGACCAUUUGUAUGUCCAGAGAAGAGUUUAUGCAGAGGAUGGCAGAGAUUGUUGGCUGGGGCACAGAGGAAGAAUAUGGGGAACUCUUUGACAAAGUGGAUGUGGCCCAAGAUGGCUUCAUUAACUGGGACAAGCUGACUUCAUUUAUGCUGCUAAUUCUUUAUGAGAAAGAUGAACAAGAGAAGGCGACUGUGGUUCCCCAGUGGAAAGACCUUGAGUUCCUCCCAGUGAAACACAAGGACACCAUUCAAAAAGUAAUUUUCUUAAAAAAUUCAAGUCGUUAUCUGACCAUCAGUAAGGAAGGCUUAUUAGGAAUCUGGAAAGAGAAUUUAAAGCUGCAAGAAACACUUCCCAUCACUUCAGAUGCCACCAAACUUAAACACCUGUGGGUUACAAGUCUGGUUUCUCUGGAAAAUGUAAACAAGAUAGCAGUGGCUUUUACAAGUAAGGAGAUUUGUUUCUAUGACCUGCUGUCCAAAGAAGAAUUUCCUUGUCAGUAUAAACUCCAAGGCCUGAAAGGAACACCACUUUGCAUGGAUUAUUGGUAUGACCCUCUUGAUGCCAAUGAAUCAAUCCUUUCUUUUGGGGAUAUAACUGGAAAGGUUCAAGCACUUGCUUUCACUGCAGCCUUGAUUUCCCUGUUUGAACGUCCGGUGUGUGCACAUGAAGACGCAGAAGCCACUGUGACCAUUAACUGGGCAGAACUGCUCUCUGGAUCUCAGAAGUGUUGUUACAUAUUAGAGCAUAAGCUUCAUCAUGGAGAUUGGGUCAGGCAAGUUACUUACAAUGCAUCUUUAGAUGCUAUCAUUUCCAGUACAACCAGCAAUACAAAUACUAUGGUACUAGCAUGGAGAGAGAAAUCAAAAAAGCAUCUUAAAGUGACAUCCUUCAACAUUGCCCAGGGCAUUCAUGCUUUUGAUUACCACUCUCGGCUCAAUUUAAUUGCAACUGCUGGCAUUAACAAUAAAGUUUGCCUUUGGAACCCCUAUGUUGUCUCUAAGCCAGUUGGUGUCCUUUGGGGUCACUCAGCCAGUGUAAUAGCUGUCCAAUUCUUUGCUGCAAGAAAACAACUUUUCAGCUUCUCCAGUGAUAAAUGGCAUUUUCCAUGUGUGUUCUACAAAUGUGAUACUUCAAGGUGCUAUAUGAGAAAGGAAUUUGUGGUCAAGACUAUUACUGUGUUUCGACCUCAGAACUUCAAUCAAUUUCUCAUCCAGCCUGAAAAAUGGAAAGGAGGAGCACAGCACAGUGAUGAUAUCUUGUGUGCUGCGUUUUUACCUCCACAAACUCUUGUUACAGGGAGCUGUGAUGGGGAAAUUGUUCUGUGGAACAAUAGCACAGAAAAUGCUCACUAUGUCCUUCACCCUGAUUACCAGAGGCUGCUAAAAUCAAAAUCAGAUACAGAGCCUCAAAAACUUCUCAGUGCUGGGAGGAGCCACUCCACCCAUCCCCUGGCUAACCAAGCUGCUCCGGGAGCCUGUUCCUUUCGGACUGACACUGAGUGCACUAAUGCUGUUAGGAGGCUUUGCUUCCUUGAAGCAAGAAAAAACAUGGCAGUGACAGGUGGUACGAACCUGGUGUCAUGUGGAGGAUCUGGGUAUGUCAGAUUCUGGGAUACAUUUAAGAAGCAGCUUCUGGCUGAAUUUUUGGCGCAUAGUGGAGGCGGAUCCAUUAUUAUGUCUACUGAUAAGUCAAAUCGAUACCUUGCCACAGGAGAUCUUGAUGGAUGGUUGAAAAUCUGGAAUAUAGAGGAGUACUGUCUUAAUUCCAGUGAGAGCAAAAUCAUACAGGCCCCGCCUCUGAUAAGAUCUCUCCAACCUCAUGAAGACCAGAUUAGUUCUUUAGAGAUAUGUGAGCCCGGGGGCCACUUACUGAUUAUCUCCUCCUCUGCAGACUGCAGUAUUUGUGUGACUGAUAUCAGCAGUGCUCCUGUCUGGAUCUUUGGCCAGACAAAGCAUUGGCAAAUCGAAAAAUUUUCCCUUCCUAAAAGAGAUACUAAUUUAAUGGAAAGUGACAUUGGAGAAGAAAGCAUAAGGGAAAUUCCUUUACUUUCUAAGGAGGAAUACCAUUUAGACCCAUUAGAACAUCCUCUACUUGAUAAGAAAAACAAAGAUGACUCCACGUACAACAAAGUCAGGCUAUCAGAAGUCAUAAACUUAGGUAUGAAAUAUAAGGAAAGAAAUGUCUAUAAGAAAAAAACAAAUAACUUUUACAAUGGUGAAGUUACACAAAAAUCAUCCAGCGUGUUUAGGUCAUUAAGAAUUGGAGCCCUAAAGGAGCUGCCUGAAGUGAAUAAGCCAGCUUUUCUUCUAACCCCUGAGAAAUACUUUAGGGAAGAGCCAGAGGAAGAGGGUCCCCAAAUUUCAGAGCUUCCAUCACUUUCUGAAACUUUGAAAGCCACAUUUGAUGAGAAAAACUUGUUCCCCAAGGAACUUCUGGAUCGUGAACGAAAAGCCAAGCAAUUAUGCCAAGAAACAAGUAGUGAAGUGAAGAUAAAAAGGAAUAAGAAGCUAUUAUAAUUGAAAGAAAAAUAAAUAUUUCAUUGUCACAUAAAAUAUGAUUAUGAAAUGCAGAAAAUGAAUCAAGAAUUCUGUACCUUUUACUUUCUAUUUGAACUUCAGGAAGUUUCAUUUUUAGAUAAUGGUUUAGUGCUGCUGUUAUCCAUCACCUUUGACUUUCUCUGUAUUUAAAAAAAAAAGAAAGAAAGAACUAAAGAGGGGGAAAUUACAGUCAGUAUCAUCUAUCCUCAAGUAUUUUGAAAUAAAAAAAUAUCCAAUUCCAGGACAAAGUAUUCGAACCAGUUAUUCCUCUGGUUUUGUCUAUAGACAUUUUCAGUCAAUUGUCAUUAUAAAACCUGCUUUAAAAUUAACUAAAAACUACUGACACAGUAAAUAUCUAUAAACUUGACUAGGAAAACCAUCCCCACUUAUUUACACUUUCUAGGUUUUUAAAAAAAUGAUUCUGAUAAUGUAGUUAGACUGUUACUAGCAGCUAUUCCUAUUAAUUUUUACUGACAUAUCCAUUCUUCUAUGUACUUACUGAGAAAUUACUGUAUAUGUUCUACUUCUAUACUUUAUUAUACUGUACUCUAAAAUUGAGUGGCAUAGCUUGGCCAAAGAGGUAAAUAGCAUUGAAAAAAAAUCAAAGGGACUGGGAGCUAUAUAAAGGACUCAGUCUACAUGGAACAUGGAAGGUCAAGUAAGAAAUGUGUGGUUCUGAAACAUAAUGCCUCACUUUUUUGAUCCAUUUUCUUUCUAAAUAUCAUCACCUGCCAG